AUGUCCCGACACAUCUACACUCGACACGGGACAAACGAUGGAGCUUCUAAAGCCGUGUUUCAGAUCAACAGAGGCACCUAUUCCCGCCGUAGCCGUCUCAAGAGGUCUGAUGGCAGCACAACUUCCACUAGCUUCAUCCUCCGGCAGGGUUCAGCUGAUUCCUACACGAGCAGGCCAUCUGACUCAGAUGUGUCUCUUGAGGAAGAGCAGGGUGGUCGUCAGGAGAGAGAGCAACAGGCUGUGGUGCAGCUGGAGAGGGCUAAGGCCAAAGCAGUAGCCUUCGCUGUGAAGACGAAUGUCAGUUACUGUGGUGCUCUGGAUGAAGAUGUUCCUGUAGCUGGAACUGCCAUUUCCUUUGACAUUAAAGACUUUCUCCACAUCAAGGAGAAGUACAACAAUGAUUGGUGGAUUGGGCGACUGGUAAAGGAGGGGUGUGACAUUGGUUUUAUCCCUAGCCCUUUAAAACUGGAGAAUAUCCGUCUUCAGCAGGAGCAGAAGAGGGGACGCUUCCAUGGGAAGUCCAGCGGGAAUUCCUCUUCCAGUCUUGGAGAGAUGGUGUCCAGCACCUUCAAAACCAAUCCUCCCUCUGCAGCUAAACAGAAACAGAAAGUGGCUGAGCAUAUUCCUCCAUAUGAUGUUGUCCCCUCCAUGAGGCCGGUGAUUUUGGUUGGUCCAUCACUAAAGGGAUAUGAGGUGACAGAUAUGAUGCAGAAAGCACUUUUUGACUUCCUGAAGCACAGGUUUGAUGGCAGGAUAUCUAUUACAAGAGUGACGGCAGAUAUCUCAUUAGCAAAGAGAUCUGUGCUCAGCAACCCAAGCAAGAGAGCCAUUAUUGAAAGAUCCAACACCAGGUCAAAUUUGGCGGAAGUCCAGAGUGAGAUCGAGAGGAUCUUCGAGCUGGCUAGAGCUCUUCAGCUGGUUAUUUUGGAUGCUGACACGAUCAACCACCCAGCUCAGCUCAUUAAAACCUCAUUAGCACCCAUUAUCGUGCAUGUCAAAGUAUCUUCUCCCAAGGUCUUGCAGCGGUUGAUCAAAUCACGUGGGAAAUCACAGAGCAAGCACCUCAAUGUACAGUUGGUGGCUGCAGAUAAAUUGGCUCAGUGUCCUCUGGAAAUGUUUGACAUUAUUUUGGAUGAAAACCAGCUAGAGGAUGCAUGUGAACACCUGGCUGAGUACCUGGAAGCCUACUGGCGGGCAACACACACAUCACUGAGCACUCCACUCAACCCUCUGCUGGGACGCAACCUGGGCUCCACUGCUCUCACACCCUACCCCACAACCAUCUCCACUCUGCAGAGCCAAAGAAACAGAAACAGGAAUCAUUCCAGCAGUCAUUCUCCAAUUGAGAGGCGUAGUCUGAUGACAUCAACUGAAAACUACCACAACACGGAGCGUCAACAGAAGAGCCGAGAGCAGUGGCCACUGGUGGAGGAGGACUACACUGACCCAUACCAGGACACAUAUAAACCACAUCGGAGCCGUGGCUCUCCAGGGGGAUACAGCAAUGCCUCGCACCACAGAACCUAA